AUGAUCAAGGGCAUCAUCAUCGUGAACAACAACGGCCAGGCGCGCAUCUGCAAGUUCUUCCAGUCGGUGCACGAGGAGGGCUACAGCGCCGAGGACGCGCAGCAGCAGGUCGUGCGCAAGGUCUUCCAGCAGGUCGCCCAGCGGCCCGACUCGUUCUGCAACUACCUCGAGGGGAGCAUCCCGGAGUGGGGCGCGACGACGAAGCUCAUCUACCGCCACUACGCGACGCUCUACUUCGUCUUCGCCGUCGACGAGCUCGAGAGCGACCUGGGCAUCCUGGACCUCAUCCAGGUCUUCGUCGAGGCGCUGGACAAGUGCUUCGAGAACGUCUGCGAGCUGGACCUCAUCUUCCACAGCGACAAGGUCCACUACAUCCUGGACGAGAUCGUCAUGGCGGGCAUGGUCCUCGAGACGAACAUCGUCUCCAUCCUCCAGGGCGUCAACGACCAGAACAAGCUCCACCAGAAGUCGCUCUCGAAGCUCAACGAGGCCCUCGGCGUCACGGGCAAGGCCCAGGCGCGAUAG